AUGUCAAUUUCAUUUGUUUCAUUUGUCACAUUACAGGUUCAUCAAUUUCGCAGAUUUUUUGCCAAAAUAUUAAAAAUGUUUGGACGAAGUGCAACGGCCUUAUUAGUGAGAAAUCCUUAUUUUAAUAAACCUGCUUUAAUUUUAAGAAAUAUCUCAGUUACGCCAUCGAACAAUGAUAUAAUAAAAAUCCAGAGCACUGAAGAUUUUAAGGAUAAAGUCAUCAAUAGCAAAGUACCUGUUGUUGUUGAUUUUUUUGCAACGUGGUGCAAUCCAUGCCGGCUUCUUACACCGAGACUUGAAUCAAUAAUUUCUGAGAGUAAAGGUAAAGUGCUCCUAGCAAAAGUAGAUAUUGAUGAGCAAACAGAUUUAGCUCUUGAUUAUGAAGUUAGCUCAGUACCGGUUCUGGUAGCAAUCAAAAAUGGGAAAGUGCAACAGAGAUUGGUGGGUUUGCAGGAUACAGAUAAAUUAAGGAAAUGGAUUGAGCAAUUUUCAUCCGAGGAGUCAGAAGUUAAAAUUAAUGCCUAGUUUAUCAAAGCAAUGCAUUCUUAUUAUUUGUUAAUAUAAAUUAUUGUUCUUGUUACUCAUAAUAAUGUAGUUGGAAUAAAACUUAGCAAAAGUAAAA